AUUGGAUGUCUGUGCGCUCACGGACAUAAUUUUAUUGGCGGUGCGUGGCUUAAAGUCAGCGAGUGAAAGCGAAAGCGCGAGAGUGACAGCGGGCCACCGCGGUGGCAGCAGAUUGCCCUCUGAUGAUGGUCUUUACCGUCCUGGAUUUCCACGGGGAACAUGUUGUAGACGAUCCCAGUGCUGGCAGAUGGAUCCAGAUCGGUUCUCCACUUCUCUCUGCGUCAUGAUGGUGUGUUUUCUCGGGACGACGCCUCUCCCCAGCACCGGUGACUGUGAAUGUCCAAAAAUUCCCCAAAGGAAUUUUACUUUACCAGAGAAUAGCUGUUUCCAGAUUGAUAGCAGAUAUCGCUACCAGUGUAUUCCAGGUUACGUGAGAAAGGCCGGAACUUCGAGUCUCAUCAAGUGUGUAAAGGAGCAAGUCAACAGUACUCCAAACUGGACCGCAUCUCAACUGGAGUGUAUACCUUAUCCAAGAUUUACAUCCCAGCCACCGAACAGCCCAGGUUUCCCAACAGAGGCACCAAACUGGCCAGAAACUUCCACCAGCCAUCAGAGUGUAAUAACCUCUACUUCUGAAGCUACAAAAUCAGCUGAUAAGGACCAAAGCCCUCUGGGAACUGGAAACACAACCAUAUUGCAGCCCUGUACAGUUCAAAGCUCCACACACUCACCAAGUAACCCCAACAACCUCACCAGCUCAGUUUCAGACACUUUCAAAGAAGCAGACCCUAAAAUUGUUGGCGUCAGUUUAUCUGUGGUGAUCCUGUUGUUUGCCCUUGGUGGAAUGCUCUUCUUUCUAUAUCGAAGGAGAGAAAGGCCGAUUCCCACACGACAAAGUGGGGAAAUGGAACCAAUGAAUAAUCCUGCGUAAACUGUGACCUUUCUCAGAGUUUUUCAAAGGAACUUAAUAGAGGAAGGAAAAACGGGCAGCUUGUAUUUAGGAAUGUAACUACUGUGACAUCACCCUUGUGUUUGUGAAAUGCUUUUUCAAAGCCUUGUUUGGAAAUUUGACAUAUUUAAACAAGAGGAAGGACAAUUUCUCUGUAAUAUAUGCUAAAUUUAUUUUGGGUUAUAGAUUUUAUGCUGGAUUUUGUUGGAUGUGAAAUUUGUAAAAGGGGUAUCAGGCUUUUGAAAAGAAACUGAAUUAAACAAGUCAAACCCGUAAUUACUGGUUAGGAAUGUGUUAUCAUUCUUAUGGGACAAGUGUUAAAUUUGUUUUUUUUACUGUGACAAAUAGGAUAUUUAAUGUUCUAUUUAUUUUCACAAACCAUUAUAGCUGUCUCCUUGUGAUAUUUGUUGUUUUAGAAAUGCGUAAAAAAACGACUUUGAUGUUUUAUCUAAAUUCUUAAAUGUAAACUUUUAUUUCAAUUUGACUUUCUUAUUAAUGUGCAUCAAACACAUAUGUGUGCAUGGAUAAAGAUGAAAGACAAAAACUGACCAAGAAAUGUAAAGAUCAAUGGCCCCUUAAAUUGUCUUCAGUGUAAAUUGGUGAUUUUGUUAAACUAAAUUCACAUUUUGACUUUGAAUGGGCAUUUUUCCAUAUUAAGUUAUCAAGGUGUGGACAUCUGUGUGCACGAUUUCGGAAAUGGAAUUUUUUUUCUUAGUGCUGCACUCUUAGGGUGGAACGGUGGCUAUUGCAGUUGAAUUUCCCUUUUGGUUCAAAGGGUACUUGCUUUCAUCACCAUAACCCUGCUUGCAUGUAUAAAAGCAUCUCAAUCAGACACAUGCCCUGUUGCCUUUUGUUACGAACCAGACUUAGGAGUUGGAAUUGUGAGCAUUGGGGGCCAUUGAUCGAUAAUGUUUUGUGUUUUUUACUGCUUUGAAAAUUAGCCCAUGUUAGCAAUAAUGCUGCUAACAUCACAUUAUUGCCAACAUCACUAACAUCAGCAGCUCAAACUGAUUAGGCUCAUACCCGCUGGGCUUCCGCAACCUCCAGUGACAAGGUUUAGGACUGCUGCUCCGAGCUCCGCUUAACCUCCACUUUUUAUCCUAACAACUCUGUAGGAGCCACCCACUUAGUUGGCAUUUUUAAAAAUUUUAUUAGGGGCGCAAUUAUGCCUUUACAUAGGGCUGAGUUGCACUUUAACUAAACAUUUGCAGUUUUGACAUCUAUAUUUUGCUAUAAGAACUAUUGGACAUUGGGAUAACUAUAUUGCCAGCAUAUGGUGAUUUUAUUCAUUUUGGUUUUCAUACUGUUUCAUGAUGUCUGUCGCUUUGCCUGUAUUUUUAUUUUCAGCCAUCAAAUCCCUAAAAAGAUCUAACAGUCAUAGGUGUAUUUUAACAGGCAUGCAUGUCUCUAUAGCAUAUGUUUUACAGAUUGCCUCAAAGCUACUUUGUUGUAUCAAAGUGAGGCACACUUUUUUUCCUGACCUUGUAUAUAUUGUUAGCUAGCCAUAGCUAGAUCUAAAUGUUUAUAAAAUGUCAUGAAGUUGGCAAUUUUUCCCUGUUUGCAUGUGAAUAAACUAGAAUGUCUGUUGUUUAUAUAAUCAAA